ACCUGUUCAGGUGGACCAGGACGACUCGUUAGAAGAACCAUCAUGGCACUCCAAUGGGUGAAGCCGUGGAUCGCUCUCUUCUUCGGACUAUCUGCUGCACAUUCUGAGACUGUUAUGAUUCCAGAUAUGACUUCCAUUGGGAGUCGAUAUGAUUCCAAACUGCAAAUCGUAUCAGCAGGAGUGAGUCCCACUCAUAACGGGCAGGUCUGCAGCACAUGGGGUAACUACCACUACAAAACCUACGAUGGAGACUUCUUCCAGCUGCCCUACACCUGUAACUACGUGCUGUCGUCGUUGUGUAAGAGCAGCAGCGGCUACGAGGCCUUUAACAUUCAGUUGCAGCGCGGGGAGGUAGAUGGGCUGCCCACCAUCACCAAGGUUUCUUUGAAGCUGGAUGGAACCUUCGUGGAGCUGGCCAACGGUAACGUCAGCGUCAACGGAUUACAGGUCACCAUACCGUUUGGUCAGUUUAACGUCUUCAUUGAGAGGACCGUUUCCUAUGUGAAGAUCACAGCCAAGCUGGGGUUAGUCGUCAUGUGGAAUGAAGAUGACUCCUUCUGGGUGGAGCUGGACUCAAAGUUCCAGAAUCAGACUUGUGGGCUGUGUGGAGACUUCAACGGAGUCCAGAUGUACGACGAGUUCAUUAGGAAUGGUGAUUAUCUGAAGACAAUCGACUAUGGAGAUAUUUGGAAGAUGAAUGGCCCAACAGAGAGCUGUACAGAAAUCCCUGCUCACACUGAGCAGUGUGAAGACCAGACCAAACUUUGUGAGCAGCUUCUCACCAGUCUUGCCUUCAGUAGCUGUAAGGACCUGAUUGCCACAGACUCCUUCAUCAAGGCCUGUGCAGAAGACAUGUGUCACUGUGGCAACAGCAGCAGCAGUGCCAGCUGCGCCUGCCCCACCAUGUCAGAGUACUCCCGCCAGUGUGCUCACGCAGGGGGGAAACCCCAAGAGUGGAAGACCGACCACUUCUGCUUGAAGACGUGUCCUCUAAGCAUGCAGUACCAGGAGUGUGGUAGUCCCUGCACUGAUACCUGCUCCAACCCAGAGAGGAACCAGCAUUGUGAGGAACACUGCACCGACGGAUGCUUCUGCCCUGCUGGAACCGUAUUUGAUGACAUCACUCAGACUGGCUGUGUAGCUGUGAACCAAUGCUCUUGUCUCCACAACGGACAAUCUUACCAGCCUGGACAAUCAUUCUCAAGAACAUGCCAUAAAUGUACCUGUAUCCAAGGCCAGUGGAGUUGUAUGGACCUAGAUUGCCCAGCUACCUGCUCCAUAGUGGGAGGUUCCCACAUCACCACCUACGAUGGGAAAGCCUACACCUUCCAUGGAGACUGCUCAUAUGUCCUGUCCAAGCAAACCAACGAGACUGCUUUCACAGUCCUGGGUGACAUAGUGAAAUGUGGGAAGACGGACAGUGAGACCUGCCUAAGAUCUGUAACCCUGGUGACUCCAGAGUCCAUGAUGAUCGUCAUCGAGGCCAGUGGAAGGGUCUUUGUCAAUAAGAUGUUUUCUCAGUUGCCGCUUUUCAUAGCGGAUGUAAGGAUCUUUCAGCCCUCUACGUUCUACAUCGUUGUGCAUACCUCUUAUGGACUCCGUCUAGAGGUGCAGCUAACACCUAUAAUGCAGGUCUACAUCGUAGCUAGCAGUUCACACAAAGACAAAACCCAGGGUCUUUGUGGAGACUUUAACAGCGUCCAAGCUGACGACUUCAGAACCAUCAAUGGACUGGUGGAAGGAACCGCUGUGACGUUCGCCAACACGUGGAAGAACAAAGCAAGCUGUCCUGAUGUGGCACAGAGCUUUGAGAUCCCAUGCAGUCUGAGUGUAGAGAACGAGAGAUAUGCCAAGCACUGGUGCUCGAUGCUGUCAGAUCGUGAAGGAAUAUUUUCCCAAUGCCACACUGAGGUCAACCCAAAUUACUACAAGGAUAUCUGCCUGUAUGACAGCUGUAACUGUGAGAGGAGUGAGGAGUGCAUGUGUGCUGCGGUCUCCUCCUACGUCCAUGCAUGUGCUGCUGCAGGCGUCCUGCUCAGUGGAUGGAGAAAAACCACCUGUGGGAAGUACUCCUCUAGCUGCCCUGACACGAUGGUCUAUGACUACACCAUGACCAGCUGUGACCGCACCUGUCGUUCACUGAGCCAGACAGACUUUACCUGCCAGUCAGACCAUGUGUCUGUGGACGGCUGUGGCUGUGCCGAGGGAACCUACCUGAACGACCAGGGAGAGUGUGUCCCUGCCUCACGCUGCUCCUGCUACCAUGGAGGUACAGUAGUACCCUCUGGAGAGGUCACCACGAUCUAUGGGGCUACUUGCUCUUGCAGACAAGGGAAAUUAAGCUGUACUGGAGAACCACUACAUCUAUCCUGUGAAGAACCAAUGGGUUUCUUCAACUGUUCUAGUGCAGGACCCGGAGCCAAGGGCUCAGAGUGCCAGAAGAGCUGUCAAACACUUGACAGUCACUGUAUCAGUGCAGAGUGUGUGUCAGGCUGUGUAUGUCCUGAUGGUCUGCUUUCUGAUGGAAACGGAGGAUGCGUCAAGGAAGACCUAUGUCCCUGUUCUCACAAUGGAGUUUACUACCAACCUGGACAUGUGCUCAAAGUAGACUGCAAUACCUGCACUUGCAAAGGCAGAAAAUGGCAGUGUACCAAUAAGCAGUGUGAUGGGAUGUGUGCCAUAUAUGGAGAUGGGCAUUUCAUCACUUUUGACGAGAAAAGGUUUACUUUCAAUGGAGAUUGUGAAUACACUCUUACUCAGGACUACUGCAGCAACAAUCCAAACGGAACCUUCAGAGUGAUCUCAGAGAACAUUCCCUGUGGAACCACUGGCACCACCUGUUCCAAGGCCAUCAAGCUCUUCUUGGGGAGCAAUGAAAUCAUACUAGCAGAUGAAUCUGUAAAAGUGAUCAAACAAGAGAAAGGGGUUGACGUGCCAUACCAGGUCCACUCUAUCGGUAUCUAUGUUGUUGUUGAGGCGGAAAACGGCCUCAUCCUCAUGUGGGAUAAGAAGAAUAGCCUGUUCAUCAAACUCAGCUCUACCUUCCAGGGCCAAGUGUGUGGUCUGUGUGGAAACUACGACGGUAAUGGAAAGAACGACUUCACGUCCAGAAACCAGGAAGUGGCUGUUGAAGCUCUGGAGUUUGGGAACAGCUGGAAAGUGUCACCCAGUUGCCCCAACGCUGAUGUCAUAAAAAACCCAUGCACUUUAAGAUCCUACAGGCAGUCGUGGUCUCAGAAACGCUGCAGCAUCAUCACCAGUCACGUGUUCUCAGCCUGCCACUCAAAGGUGGACCCCACGCCAUUCCAUGAUGCCUGUGUGAGGGACUCGUGUGCCUGUGACACUGGGGGAGACUGCGAGUGUUUCUGUACAGCUGUAGCAGCCUACGCCCAGGCCUGUAACGAGGCAGGGGCUUGUAUCAAGUGGAGAACACCAGAUAUCUGCCCUCUGUUCUGUGAUUUCUACAACCCUAUUGGUGAGUGUGAGUGGCAUUAUAAUCCGUGUGGAUACCCCUGUAUGAAGACCUGCCAGAAUCCCUCAGGAACAUGCUCCAGUCAGAUCCCUGCGCUGGAAGGUUGCUAUCCAAAAUGUCCUCCGGCCACGCCUUAUUUGGAAGAAAGUACCAUGAAGUGUGUCCGUAUCGUGGACUGUGGUUGCUACGAUGGAGAUGGAACUCAUUACAACGAGGGAGAGGUUAUACCUCCCAAGGAGAACUGUCAGAGAUGUCGUUGCUCAUCAACUGAGGCCAGUUGCAGCUAUGAUGUCCAAGCUUGCUAUUGUUUAUACGACGGCAGAACAUACCCGUAUGGAGCGACCAUAUAUCACACAUCUGACGGUGAUGGGACCUGUAUUACUGCCAUCUGCAAAGAGAACGGAACCAUUGUCCGGAUUAUGAAUCCCUGUUCCACCACCCCAACUCCAACAACUACACCAAGUGUUACAACAACACAGAUAUCCACUCAAGCACCGACCACAACAGUAUUUGUUUUCUCAACUCCUACCUCUACCCCAACAACAACCCCUACCACUACCACAACAACCACUACCCCAACAACAACCCCUACCACUACCACAACAACCAUUACCCCCACAACAACCCCUACUUCACCAACAACCAUUAUACCGACAACAACCCCUUCCACUACCCCCACAACAACCAUUACCCCCACAACAACCCCUACUUUACCAACAACCACUUCACCCACUACUACUCCACACUGCCUGACCAAGACUGUCUGUGAUUGGUCAGACUGGAUUGACAAUCACUAUCCUUCAUUUGGACCAGAAGAAGGAGAUUAUGAAACCAUAGAAAAUAUAAGGAAAUCUGGUAUUGAUAUUUGUAGCCAACCGAAGGAAGUAGAAUGCAGAGCCAAAGAAAACAGCCAUGUUCCCUUGUCCGAACUAGGUCAAAAUGUUGAAUGCAAUCCCUCAGUUGGACUGAUAUGCCACAACAAGGAUCAAGGCAUCCCACCAAUAUGCUACAACUACGAGAUCAGAGUCAGAUGUUGUGUUGAUGUAUGUAGCAAUGAGACAACUACCCCAACAACAACAACAACAACCCCAACAACAACAACAACAACUACCACCUCAGAAAGGCCCUCAACAACCAUUACACCAUCAACAACUACCCCAACAACAACAACAGAAAGUUCAACAACAACUACCCCAACAACAACUACCCCAACAACAACAUCAACAACUACCACCUCAGAAAGGCCCUCAACAACCAUUACACCAUCAACAACUACCCCAACAACAACAUCAACAACUACCCCAACAACAACAUCAACAACUACCCCAACAACAACAUCAACAACUACCCCAACAACAACAACAGAAAGUUCAACAACAACAACAACUACCCCAACAACAACAACAACAACAGAAAGUCCAACAACAACAACAACUACCCCAACAACAACAACAACAACAACAGAAAGAUCAACAACAACAACUACCCCAACAACAACAACAACAACAACAACUACCCCAACAACAACAACAGAAAGUCCAACAACAACAACUACCCCAACAACAACAACAACAACAACUACCCCAACAACAACAACUACCCCAACAGUAACAACAGAAAGAUCAACAACAACAACUACCCCAACAACAACAACAACAACAGAAAGUCCAACAACAACAACUACCCCAACAACAACAACUACCCCAACAACAACAACAACAACAGAAAGUUCAACAACAACAACUACCCCAACAACAACAACAGAAAGUUCAACAACAACAACUACCCCAACAACAACAACAGAAAGUCCAACAACAACAACUACCCCAACAACAACAACAACAACAGAAAGUUCAACAACAACAACUACCCCAACAACAACAACAACAACAGAAAGUUCAACUACAACAACUACCCCAACAACAACAACAGAAAGUCCAACAACAACAACUAUCCCAACAACAACAACAGAAAGUUCAACAACAACAACUACCCCAACAACAACAACAGAAAGUCCAACAACAACAACUACCCCAACAACAACAACAACAACAACAGAAAGUCCAACAACAACAACUAUCCCAACAACAACAACAGAAAGUUCAACAACAACAACUACCCCAACAACAACAACAACAACAGAAAGUCCAACAACAACAACUACCCCAACAACAACAACAACAACAGAAAGUCCAACAACAACAACUACCCCAACAACAACAACAACAACAGAAAGUUCAACAACAACAACAGAAAGUCCAACAACAACAACUAUCCCAACAACAACAACAGAAAGUUCAACAACAACAACUACCCCAACAACAACAACAGAAAGUCCAACAACAACAACUACCCCAACAACAACAACAACAACAACAGAAAGUCCAACAACAACAACUAUCCCAACAACAACAACAGAAAGUUCAACAACAACAACUACCCCAACAACAACAACAACAACAGAAAGUCCAACAACAACAACUACCCCAACAACAACAACAACAACAGAAAGUUCAACAACAACAACUACCCCAACAACAACAACAACAACAACAACCCCUUCCACUACCCCCACAACAACCACUACCCCCACAACAACCACUACUUUACCAACAACCACUUCACCCACUACUACUCCAAACUGCUUGACCAAGACUGUCUGUGAUUGGUCAGACUGGAUUGACAAUCACUAUCCUUCAUUUGGACCAGAAGAAGGAGAUUAUGAAACCAUAGAAAAUAUAAGGAAAUCUGGCAUUGAUAUUUGUAGCCAACCGAAGGAAGUAGAAUGCAGAGCCAAAGAAAACAGCCAUGUUCCCUUGUCCGAACUAGGUCAAAAUGUUGAAUGCAAUCCCUCAGUUGGACUGAUAUGCCACAACAAGGAUCAAGGCAUCCCACCAAUAUGCUACAACUACGAGAUCAGAGUCAGAUGUUGUGUUGAUGUAUGUAGCAAUGAGACAACUACCCCAACAACAACAACAACAUCAACAACCCCAACAACAACAUCAACAACUACCCCAACAACAACAACAGAAAGUUCAACAACAACUACCCCAACAACAACUACCCCAACAACAACAUCAACAACUACCCCAACAACAACAACAGAAAGUUCAACAACAACUACCCCAACAACAACUACCCCAACAACAACAUCAACAACUACCCCAACAACAACAACAGAAAGUUCAACAACAACAACAACUACCCCAACAACAACAACUACCCCAACAACAACCAUUACACCAUCAACAACUACCCCAACAACAACCAUUACACCAUCAACAACUACCCCAACAACAACAUCAACAACUACCCCAACAACAACAACAACAACCCCAACAACAACAACAACUACCCCAACAACAACAACAACUACCCCAACAACAACAACUACCCCAACAACAACAACAACUACCCCAACAACAACAGAAAGUCCAACAUCAACAACUACCCCGACAACAACAACAACAACAGAAAGUCCAACAACAACAACUACCCCAACAACAACAACAACAACAGAAAGUCCAACAACAACAACAGAAAGUCCAACAACAACAACAGAAAGUCCAACAACAACAACAGAAAGUCCAACAACAACAACAGAAAGUCCAACAACAACAACAGAAAGCCCAACAACAACAACAGAAAGUCCAACAACAACAACAGAAAGUCCAACAACAACAACAGAAAGCCCAACAACAUCAACAGAAAGUCCAACAACGACAACUAUGUCAACAACUCCAUCCAUAACAACAAAAGUAACAGAGGAAGUUACAACUGGUCCAGAAUCAACAGCAUCUACUACCACUACCACCACAACAACAACUCAGAUGAGGACUACCUCUGAGGAAACAGCCACCACCAAACCAUCUACCAUAACAACAGUCUUCUCUGUAGUCACAUAUCCACCAUACACACCAACAACUCAAAAGCAAAACUCAAAUUUGACAACAACCCCUACCAUUACCCCAACAACAACCCCUAUCAUUACCCCAACAACAACCCCUACCAUUACCCCAACAACAACCCCUAUCAUUACCCCAACAACAACCACUAUCAUUACCCCAACAACAACCCCUAUCAUUACCCCAACAACAACCCCUAUCAUUACCCCAACAACAACCCCUAUCAUUACCCCAACAACAACCACUAUCAUUACCCCAACGACAACCCCUACCACUACCACUACCACUACCACAACCCCUACCCCUACCACUACCACUACCACUACCCCUACCCCUACCACUACCACAACCCCUAUCGAUACCACUACCCCUAGCAUUACCACAACCACUAUCACUACCACUACCACUACCCCUACCACUACCACAACCCCUACCACUACCACUACCACUACCACUACCCCUAUCGAUACCACUACCCCUACCACUACCACAACCUCUACAACUACCACAACCCCUAUCGAUACCACUACCCCUACCACUACCACUACCCCUACCACUACCACUACCCCUACCCCUACCACUACCACAACCCCUAUCGAUACCACUACCCCUAGCAUUACCACUACCCCUAGCAUUACCACUACCACUACCCCUACCACUACCACAACCCCUACCACUACCACUAUCGAUACCACAACACCUACCACUACCCCUAUCGAUACCACAACACCUACCACCUCCACAACCCCUACCACUACCACUACCCCUAGCAUUACCACUACCAUUACCCCAACCCCAACCCCUACCACUACCACUACUCCUACCAUUACCACUACCACUACCCCUAUCGAUACCACUACCCCUAGCAUUACACCAACCCCUACCACUACCACUACCACUACCACUACCACUACCACAACCCCUAUCGAUACCACUACCCCUAGCAUUACCACUACCCCUAGCAUUACCACUACCCCUAGCAUUACCACAACCACUACCACUACCACUACUCCUACCAUUACCACUACCACUACCCCUAUCGAUACCACUACCCCUAGCAUUACCACAACCACUACCACUACCACUACUCCUACCAUUACCACUACCACUACCCCUAUCGAUACCACUACCCCUAGCAUUACCCCAACCCCUACCACUACCACUACCACCUCCACAACCCCUACCACUACCCCUAUCGAUACCACUACCCCUAGCAUUACCACUACCCCUAUCGAUACCACUACCCCUAGCAUUACCCCAACCCCUACCACUACCACUACCACCUCCACAACCCCUACCACUACCCCUAUCGAUACCACUACCCCUAGCAUUACCACUACCCCUAGCAUUACCACUACCCCUAGCAUUACCACUACCCUUAGCAUUACCACUACUCCUACCAUUACCACUACCACAACCCCUAUCGAUACCACUACCCCUAGCAUUACCACUACCCCUAGCAUUACCACUACCCCUAGCAUUACCACUACCCUUAGCAUUACCACUACUCCUACCAUUACCACUACCACAACCCCUAUCGAUACCACUACCCUUAGCAUUACCACUACCCCUACCACUACCACUACCCCUACCACUACCCCUACCACCUCCAUUACCACUACCACUACUCCUACCACAUUAUGUUUUUGCACAUACAAAAAUCUACAUUUCCCUGCUGGUUCCUUGAUAUAUAAUGAGACUGACGGGGCAGGCUGGUGUUUCACCUCCUACUGUAACUCAAGUUGUAUUGUUGAGAAACAAGCCAGACCAUGUCCCUCUACGACCCCAGCUACAGUCAGCACUGUCUCAGCUACAGUCAACACUGUCUCAGCUACAGUCAACACUGUCUCAGCUACAACAGAAGCUACACAUACUACAACAUCUACAUCGUCCUCGACUACACCUUACGUGGACUGUGAAUAUGUCAAUCCACCAAGAAAGGAUGGUGAGACUUGGAAGACAGACAACUGCACUACUCAAACUUGCCACAGGGGUGUAAUUACCACGACGUUUGUGGUCUGUGAGUCUGUAGAAAAGCCUGUGUGUGAAAAUGGAUACCCACCAGUGAAAGUCUAUGACGAAUCAGGUUGCUGCUAUCACUACGAAUGUGAAUGUAUAUGCUAUGGAUGGGGAGACCCUCACUACGUCACAUUUGAUGGCCAAUAUUACAGUUUCCAGGAAAACUGCACCUACGUUUUGAUUAAAGAAAUAGUUCCUCGACAGAACUUCAGUGUCAUCAUCGACAACUACAACUGCGAUCCUUCUGGACAUGCGACCUGCCCUCAGUCUCUGAUUGUCUAUUACAAGUCCUAUACAAUUGUUCUUACGCCGAAGAGAUUAAACGUGACAACAAAUGUGGUUUACAUCAAUGGAAAACAGAUCUUCCCGACCUUUUCUAAUGAAGACCUCAUGAUCACCAGCACUGGAGUAGAGUUACUGUUGAAGAUCCCUGCCAUUAAAGCAACAGUGAUGUUUAAGUCCCUUAUGUUCAGUGUAACCCUGCCAGACUCCCUAUUCCACAGCAACACAGAGGGGCAGUGUGGUACCUGUGACAAUAUCAGGAAAAACGAUUGCAGAUUACCGAAUGGACAGAUUGACCCAUCAUGUCCUGGGAUGGCUCAUGAAUGGAAGAUUCCUGAUGAUAAAAAACCCUACUGUAAACACCAACCUCCUACCCCACCUGCCCCACCCACCCCUACAACCUGCCCGUCAGGAAAGACAUCAAUCUGUGACAUCAUACUUAGCCCGGUCUUUAAGCAAUGCCAUGACGUUAUCCCACCACAACCCUUCUUCGAGGCCUGUAAGUUUGAUGUCUGCCACAUGCCAAAUAUCUCAAUCGGCUGCUCCAGCCUGGAAGCCUACGCCGUGAGGUGUGCAGCAGCUGGAGUCUGUAUCGACUGGAGGAAGUCAACUAAAGGACAAUGUGAACUGACAUGCCCUAAGACCAAAGUGUAUAAAGCAUGUGGCUCUACUGUCCAGCCAACAUGCAAUUCAAGAUACAAUGAAAAAUAUGUGCAGUCAUGUCAGGGAGCACAAAGGAGCCUUGCCGUUGUAUGUGACUCAUUCAUGGAGGGCUGUUUCUGCCCUGAGGGUACCAUCUUGUUCAACACAUUCUCUGACACCUGUGUUCGUGACUGUGGAUGCACAGGACCUGAUGGAAAACCCAAACAGUUUGGUGAGACUUGGUACAGUAACUGCCAGAAGUGCACGUGUAAUGCUGACACACUGAGUGUCCAGUGUGAACCAGUGAAAUGUCCGCCCCAAGAAAUUGUUACCUGUAAGAAGUACGGUGAGGUGUUGGUCAACGAGACGGUGGACUGCUGUCAGAUAAAUACAUGUGUGCCCAAACCUGUUUGUGUCCACAAUAAUACCGAAUACACGCUUGGUGAAAAUGUUCCCAAAGGCACCUGUGAGGAGUGCAAGUGUGGCCCUAAUAAGGAUCCAGUCUCCAAGCUGUAUGUUGUUGAGUGUGCCCAAAUCAACUGUGUCACCACCUGCCCAACGGGUUAUGAGUAUGAAGUCGUACCUGAGAAAUGUUGUGGAGCGUGUGUCCAGAAGGAAUGUGUUGUAGUUCUCCCAGAUGCCACAUCUCACAUCAUUCAGCUUGGGAAGCUUUGGUCGCCCCCUAGUGACCGCUGUGUGAAGUAUGAAUGUACAAAGACAAACAACCAGUUCAUCGUUGUGGAAUCCAAAUUGAAAUGCCCAGUGUUCCGUCCAGAGGACUGCGUCCCUGGAACUGAGAAAACUGAUGCAAAUGGAUGUUGCACAACCUGUGCUUUACGCAGUCACUGUGAUGUGAAGAACACCACCACCUACCUAGAGGUGAAUAACUGCACGUCUACUGUGCCGGUGGAAAUCUCAGCCUGCGGGGGAUCCUGUGGAACAUCUUCUAUGUACUCUGCAGAGAAAAACACCUUGAUGCACUCCUGCUCCUGCUGUCAGGAGAUGUCUACCAGUGAGAGGAAGGUGGAGAUGGUCUGCCAUGACGGGAAGAAGAUCAUACAGUCCUACAUUUACAUUGAUAAGUGCGGCUGCCAUGACUCUGAGUGUGACAAGAAGAACCACUUAGAUUAGGCCUUGAAGAAUUAAGUCUUUUGAAAUGUUCUUAUCUACAUUAACUGCAUGGAAUAUUAAAUAGUUUUAUCUAAAGGGAACCAAUAGGGUCUGUCUCAUUAUCAUAAUGUCUACUUUGAUGAACUGUAUGUCCUUUCUGUCUACACGAUCAUAGACAUUAUGCAAACGUAUUAAACUGAUGAAGAAGCAUGAA